UCUUUUCGUUUUUCUUUUAAGGUGGGGCGAGGAGGUUUGUGACAUGAGAGAGAGAGAGUCGAGACUCGAGAGGUUUAUUUAAAUAAGGUGGACUCCUCUCUGUCUCUCUAUCCACCCUGAGUCCCUCUCCCUGACCUCGUUCCUCUCUUUCUCUCUCUCUCUGUUUCUCUGUCUCGCGCGCGCGCGCGCGCUCGCGUUUCCUUGUUUUGAUAAACUCAUAGCCAAAAUUUCCCUCUUCUUCUCCUUCUUUCUUAUCCUCCUUCCCUCUCUCCCUCUCUCUCUCUAAGAAAGGUUACAGGUAUGUGCCGAUUAACUUCCUCUACUCUCUCUCCAGAAUGCAACACAGACCAAGCUUACGGUCCUUCAACCAAAGACCUGAACCACUUGUGUACUCCGUUUAUCCACAAAGACCCAACAGCUCAACAACAGCAAGUAAUACAACAACAGCAAAAACAAGAAGAAAUCCAGAAACCCAAUAAAACCCACCUGUCUCUUGCCAUUGCUGAAGUCCAGUCCAUUGCUAACAUAGCUCUUCCCAUGGUAGUUACAGGCCUAUUGCUCUACUCUCGCUCUAUAAUCUCCAUGCUCUUUCUCGGCCGCCUAGGAGAUCUCGCUUUGGCUGGCGGUGCAUUAGCAAUCGGUUUUGCUAACAUCACCGGCUACUCCAUUCUUUCUGGUCUUGCUAUGGGUAUGGAGCCAAUUUGUAGCCAGAACUUUGGCGCCCAAAGAUACAAACUCCUUGGUCUCUCAUUGCAGAGGACCGUACUUCUUCUUUUAUUGAUUUCCACCCCCAUAUCUCUUCUAUGGAUUAAUAUGAAGAGAAUUCUAGUGUUCUGCGGCCAAAACCAAGAUAUUGCAACGGAAGCGCAAUCUUACAUUCUAUAUUCCCUUCCCGACCUGCUCUUACAAUCACUUCUCCACCCACUACGAAUCUAUCUUCGAACUCAAUCAAUAACACUUCCCCUAACUUACUGUGCUGCUCUGUCCAUUCUUCUGCACAUUCCCAUCAAUUAUCUUCUCGUUUAUGUGAUUAAUCUAGGAAUUAAAGGCGUAGCUUUAAGUGGCGUUUGGACUAAUUUUAACCUGGUAUUCUCUUUGAUAAUCUAUAUCUGUGUCUCCGGAGUUUACCAGAAAACCUGGGGAGGCUUUUCCUGGGACUGCUUGAAAGGCUGGAAAUGUCUCUUGAAUUUGGCCAUUCCCAACUGCAUUUCGGUCUGUCUCGAAUGGUGGUGGUACGAAAUCAUGAUUAUACUGUGCGGGCUGCUAGUAAAUCCCAGAGCGACAGUUGCUUCGAUGGGUAUUUUGAUUCAAACCACCGCCUUGAUUUACAUCUUUCCGUCUUCUCUGAGCUUCGGCGUUUCCACAAGGGUCGGUAACGAACUGGGUGCGAACCAGCCGAAUAAAGCCAGACUUGCAGCAAUCGUCGGCCUUUCUUGUAGCUUCUUCUUAGGUUUCACAGCAUUAAUCUUUGCAGUAAUCGUAAGGAGAUCAUGGGCCAUUAUGUUUACCCAAGACGCAGAGAUUAUAGCACUAACCUCGCUAGUCCUUCCAAUAAUCGGAGUGUGCGAGCUGGGGAACUGCCCGCAGACAACCGGGUGCGGGGUGCUGAGAGGAACAGCGCGGCCGAGGGUGGGCGCCAAUAUCAAUUUAGGUUCAUUUUAUCUUGUCGGAAUGCCGGUGGCAGUGGCUUUGGGGUUUUAUGCUGGGUUCGAUUUCGAAGGGCUGUGGUUCGGUCUCUUAGCUGCGCAGGGAACUUGCGCGGUGACCAUGCUAUUCAUUUUGGGUCAAACCGAUUGGAAUCUUCAAGCCCAGAGAGCUCAAGAGCUAACGGGAGCUGCUCUUGUUGUUGACAGCGAAGAAAAUAAGACAUUGAAGAACGAUGAGGUGAAGGAUGAUCUUCAUCUGUUUAUUGUUAAUACAAAAAACGAUCAAUCACCUGUUUGAUCGACCAUCGACCCUCUUUUGUUUUUUGUUUUUUAUUGGCAAUUUUGUAUACUACUAGAAUUCUAACGAUUGUAAAUAAAGAAAAAAAAAUUAUGGAA